UGGCGGUGGGGGCGCCCGGCCGAAGGGCGAGGCCGGGUGGGCUUGGGCUCCCGCGGGAACGACGUCGCCCUGCGCGUUUCUCCGCCUCCCUCCCUCUCUCUCUUCCGGGCGGCCCCGAGUCCGGGCUUCCCCGCUCAGUUCGAGCUGACGGGCUUGGGAAGUGGGGAGUGGGAGCCCGGCCCGCGGUUCUGAGAUCCCAGGUCCCCCUCCCGGGCGGGGGUGGCGCAAAGCACCGCCCGCCGUCCUCUUCCGCUCGUCGGUCCCAGCGCGCCCGGGUCUCCCCGACGGCCGGCGCUCCGCCGCCCUCUCUGCCAGGCAGCGCCCGCCGUGCGGUGGGGGACGCGAGGGGAUCCCGCCAUCCGCGGCACUGUGUUCGCGGAGGACGGCCUCCUUCCCUCUUUGUAAGCUCCGGUGCUGCCGCCGCGUCUCCGCAGCCGUCGGGGAUUUCGGGCUCGGGGCUGGUGGCCGGAGCCCGCGCGCUGCGCGCGGCCGGAGCGCGGAGGGGCGGCGGACCAGCUUCCCGGUUUCCCGCGGCCGCCCCUCCCGGCUCUGCCCCAGUGAAAAGUCAUUCUGCGCGCUGCCUCUUCAGAGUUUUUAGCCGUGCGGAGCCGGCGCCCUCUCCAUUGUUUGCAGGGUAAUUUGCUGUUGCUGAUUUUGGCUGUGGGCGAAAAUAGCUUUUCAGAGUAUGCAGCGGAGACGAGCCGUACAGUGCUUGAACGUAGAGGGAGGCCUCAGCCUGAGCGCUGGUCCCUCGGGGAUACCUUUAUUCUCCUGAGGUGUUCAAUCGUCCAGGCUCAAUACUUCGCUCUCCCCUUGGCUGAUUGAAGUGCCAUUUAGAACAGCAGCUCCUCCACCCUGGCAUUUGUUCGGGCGGGGGAUACCUGGGGGUGUUCUUUGCUCUGACCGCUCACUUGUCCGAUCUCAGCCUUUGAGUGCCAGCCUCCCUGCAUCAAGUUCACGGAGGUAGAACGUCAUGACAUGAAUACCCUAAGCCUUCCCCUGAACAUCCGCCGAGGCGGGUCGGACACCAACCUCAACUUUGAUGUACCAGAUGGCAUCCUGGACUUCCACAAGGUCAAACUCAGCGCGGACAGUCUGAAGCAGAAAAUUCUAAAGGUCACAGAGAAGAUAAGAAUCGAGCAAACGUCCCGCGAUGGGAAUGUCGCAGAGUAUCUGAAACUAGUCAGCAGCGCAGACAAGCAGCAGGCUGGCCGCAUCAAGCAGGUCUUUGAGAAGAAGAAUCAGAAGUCGGCUCAAUCCAUUGCCCAGCUGCAGAAGAAGUUAGAGCAGUAUCGCAGAAAGCUCCGGGAGCUCGAGCAGAAUGGGGCCCCCAGGAGCUCAAAGGACAUUGCCAAGGACAACCUGAAGGACAUCCAGUCCCCUCUGAAGGAUGCCCAGGCCAAGGCUCGCACCGCUCCCCACAGCCUGGAGAGCAGUAAGUCGGGCCUGCCAGGGGUGUCCCUCACCCCACCCGUGUUCGUCUUCAGCAAGUCUAGAGAGUUCGCCAACUUGAUCCGGAAUAAGUUUGGCAGUGCCGACAAUAUCGCUCACCUAAGAAACUCCUUGGAGGAGUUCCGGCCCGAGACCAGCGCCAGGGCCUACGGGGGCAGCGCCACCAUCGUGAACAAGCCCAAGUAUGGCAGCGACGACGAGUGCUCGAGCGGCACGUCGGGCUCCGCCGAUAGCAACGGGAACCAGUCGUUUGGGGCCGGGGGCACUGGCGCGCUGGACAGCCAGGGCAAGCUCACGGCCAUCCUGGAGGAGCUCAGGGAGAUCAAGGACACCCAGGCGCAGCUGGCCGAGGACAUCGAGGCGCUGAAGGUGCAGUUCAAGAGGGAGUAUGGCUUCAUCUCUCAGACCCUGCAAGAGGAGACAUACAGGUACGAGCGACUGGAAGACCAGCUACACGACCUCACGGACCUGCAUCAGCAUGAGACGGCCAACCUGAAGCAGGAGCUGGCCAGCAUCGAGGAGAAGGUGGCCUACCAGGCCCACGAGCGGUCACGGGACAUCCAGGAAGCCUUGGAGUCCUGCCAGACUCGCAUUUCUAAGUUGGAGCUCCACCAGCAGGAGCAGCAAGCCCUGCAGACAGACACCGUGAACGCCAAGGUCCUCCUGGGGAAAUGCAUCAAUGUGGUCCUGGCCUUCAUGACUGUCAUCUUGGUGUGUGUGUCCACCAUCGCCAAGUUCAUCUCGCCCAUGAUGAAGAGCCGCUUCCACAUUCUCGGCACCUUCUUCGCUGUGACUCUCCUGGCAAUAUUCUGUAAAAACUGGGACCAUAUUCUGUGUGCCAUAGAAAGGAUAAUAAUACCAAGAUGAAGCCGCUGGUUCCUGUCCUCAUGUUCUUUCAAGUUUUUAUUUUGGAGAAAAUUCUCUGCAUACUACCAGAUUUUAAAAUGAACGUUGGUGCCGACGGAAGUUUACAAGGGCCACGGCUGCGCGUUGUAAAUAACUGCAGUUCUCUUCUCUCGGUAGCACUUGUCAGCUGGGUCCCUGUACGUGGUUACCAUGAAUCUGUUUCCAUGCUCUCACCACAUUGCUCACUGCCUUAAUCAGACCAGGCUUCCUGCCCACCUGCCUAGUCCAGCAUGGUCAGCCUCUGGUUGCUGAGCACUUGGUGUGAUUAGUGACCCAGAAGGGAUUUUAAGUCUCUCUCUCUUAAGUCUCUGUCAAAAUUGAGCUGCACUCUUCCUGGCGGUUGUGUUUUCCCCGCGUCCUAUAAGCAGCGAGGAUGUGGCAUGACUUGGGGAGGUGAAGAAGCAUAGGCGUUGCCCACGUGAGCACGUGUGGCCCGUGGAAGCACAGUAAAUCCCAUGUAAUCCGCCCCACUGUUCACUGAUGACCAUAGGUCCCAUGUGUGCCCAGUGUCCACAGUGGUCAGCUGUUCGUGACUCUCUAUCACAUGGAAAUCUUAUAACACACCUGUUGAUCCAUCAAAAGUCUAACUUAAGUGUUCGGUUUCUCUUUAAAUGAUAAGACAUGAAGAUUUAUGAAUGGGCCUUACCUUCUUAUACCCAGGGAGCCGCACUCCUGAUUUCACAUUCACUGGUUGUCUUAUGCACCACCUUCAAGGCAUGUAGAGAUGCUUCCAAAGCAUCUUUAACAUGAAAUUGAUGUCUGAUAGGCACUACACUGGAGGUUUGUGUUUGGGCACAUCUUCACUGUGAUGCGCCCCUCUGCGAUGUGAUUCACUUUCUACGAUUCGCUUUAUUCAGUCUGUGAGGGACAGCAAAGCUUACUCAGUAAAUGAAAAAGGAUGCCCACGUUGCAGUGUUUUUGUUUCUCUUCAAGGACAACAGAAUCGUAGCUUAUAAAGCUAAAGUGCCCUGAGGUAGGUACACUGGAAAAGGGGAAGAAAAUAUGACAUGUGAUCUAACUGGGUGGCAGCUAGAUGAGUGGGUGCAGGUCACCUGGAUGAAGAUUGAGGGAGGGUCCUCGUCAGACCUUGAAAGACCAGCAAGAAUAAAAUAAAUUAGAUCCAGUGUCUGAGCCAAGGUUGCCAUCUCUCUCUUAGCGUAAGUUCUGAGGUAAUACAUGGAGUGGCCACACUUUCACUCCAUGGAAAGUCAACGUCUUUGGUCUGUUUGGGGGAUGCCAUUCACUACCUUGAGCCCAGAUAAUAUUUUCCUUUAGAUCUGUUUCUCUGCAUAUAUAACAGAAAGGAAGUCCUAUGAGAAUUUAAUGGAAACUCUUGUUCAGCCCCUUCUCACCAGCUGUUUUGUUAUCUGAAGGCAUAAAGAAGCAUGUUAGUGUACAUUUUCUUCCAGAAAACAUCAAAUCGCCUGGAUUUAAAUUUUAAGUGUAAUAUUUUGCAAAUAGCUGCUCUUAGGGAAAUCUCCUGAAAAAAAUGUGACAUAAGCCAUGAUUUGAGGGAACGGAAUAGUCAGGCGUUUGGUACAAGUCCAGUGUGGGUGAGGCUCAUACAACUUAAGCUUGCUUUUUUUUUUUUUAAGUUUACAACUCAGUGGUGUUAGUCAAUUCACACUUAGGCAACUAUGAUUACUAUCUAAUUCCAGACUUGAGCUUUUAAAAACAAUAAACAUCAUUUCACAAAAUCUUUGGCUUGAAGUAUCUUGCAUUCAGGGAAGAGGGAGUCACAGUCCCACCCCAUCUCAUGGCUGUGUCCCCUUUCACUGCCAGGCUCUCCCCUGGUCUCCCAAGUUGGCUGUAAAUACACUGUGAUCCAUCCAGUCCAGGGGACAGAAACAGGUUGCAGAUCCAGGGAAGGGAGAGAGGAGCAAUGUUGUGCUUCCUUUUGCUUUUCCGUUUUCAUGGCCAGCAUUCCCUGUUGUCUGUGGGCUUCAGUCUCCAUGUGGGCUGAGGGCCGGGUGUAACUUAGGCCCUUGAAUCAAGAUGGCUCCGGGAUGGGCUCCUCUUGGUUUCUGUGAACAUUUCUGAGGCGCUUUGGAGAUGCCAGGGGGUAGGGCGGGUGUAGAUGGCCGCUGGUAGUUUAGAGAGAAAGAGUGAGAUCCCUGGCCCUUCCCUCCAGGUAGGCAUGGGCCUCCUUCUCAUGCCCCAACACUCUGCUCCGUCGCUCAGCCAGACCUGUGAUCAGUGUGUCUCCUCCCCGGGGAGAAAGGUGGAGAAGAAAACAGAAAGCAACACAAUUCACCCCCUCCAGGCUGGAGCUGUUAACAGAAGCUGCUUGAAACUGACUCUCUUCUGAAAUACUGUAGGGUCUAAAUCAUCCCACCUGAUCAUGAAUUUUUUUUUGUUUUUUAAAGAAUUCAUAUUUCUGGUGAUUCUCAUUAGAUUUCAGAAACCUUGUUUUCACUUGGAUAUGCUCAACCUACACAGUGUAUUUAUUUUAGAGUCUCACUGAAAGUUCUUGAAGCUUUUUAAUAAGAUGAUAUCCUCCAAGGAGACUUUCACCCUCCACAGUUUAUUAUUUUCUUCUUAAAGAAUAAACUUUCCCACAGUUGCUGCUUUUCACUCCAAGGAGAUUAAAUAAAAUGUUAUAAAUAUACAAUGAAAAUAGUGCUCUAGCUAUGACAUACCCUGGAGUUGGAUAUUCAAUAUACGUUUAACGAAUCCUCUUCCCCACCUUUCGUUGGCAGCCAGCGUCAUGUGCGUACCUAGAGAUGAAAGCCAGCCGUGGGGUGGGUAAGCGCCGGCUCCCUCAGCGAACUUAACUGAGUGGUUGAAGAUGCUGGGCAUUGGGCUCUAGCGCUGGAUUGUUUGGUGCAUGUUAUUUUCAUGAUCACCAGGAUAAUGAUAGUUUGCUGAGGACAAAACAGAAACCUAAGAAUACUCUUGUGGGUUUUGAAUUGGUUAUUCCAGCUUACACUUGGAGUAUGAUUGAGUAGGAACAAAACAUC